UGACUGACUCAAGACUUAAAACGAGUCCUCUCUCAAUACUAUCAUUGUGCUUAUCACUACUAUCUUAACUCCUAAACACCAUAAAAGUCAACUAAAAUGUCCAUGAAUAUCUUACUUUUUUCUGAAUGAUUGAUAACAUAGGAUCUUAUGGGUUUAUUAUCCAGAUAGAACGUAAAAUACAUAUUUGUGUAUCAUAGCUUUCCAGGUUAUGCUUGAAGCCAUGAAUAUAAACAGAAUCACCCAAGGAGAAUGGAGAAAAAAAAAGUUAACAGGCUUGGAGAAGACCUGGGAAAACACUGCCAUUUAAAGAACAGAGGAGCUCUCGGCAUUCCGCACGAGGUUGGAGCACACGCAGGCUGCUUUCUUCUCCGCUGUUUAAGCUCCCAGCCUCGCAGCCCUUCUAUUGCCAGGAUGUCACUUUCUAACAGGCUGACUCUGGACAGAGUGGACUUCAACGUUCCUAUGAAGAACAACCAGAUAACAACCAACCAGAGAAUCAAGGCUGCCAUCCCAAGUAUCAAAUUCUGCUUGGAAAAGGGAGCCAAGUCAGUUCUUAUGAGCCAUCUGGGCCGGCCUGAUGGUGUCCCCAUGCCAGACAAGUAUUCUUUGGGGUCAGUUGCUGUAGGACUUAAGUCUCUGCUGGGCAAGGAUGUUUUAUUCUUAAAUGACUGUGUGGGCCAAGAAGUGGAGAAAGCUUAUGCUGACCCAGCUGCUGGGUCUGUCAUCCUGAUGGAGAACCUUUGCUUUCAUGUGGAGGAAGAAGGGAAGGGAAAAGAUGCUUCUGGGAAUAAGGUUAAAGCUGAGUCAGCCAAAAUAGAAGCCUUCCGAGCUUCACUUUCCAAGCUAGGAGAUGUCUAUAUCAAUAAUGCUUUUGGCACUGCUCACCAAGCCCACAGCUCCAUGGUGGGAGUCAGUCUGCCACAGAAGGCUGGAGGUUUCUUGAUGAAGAAGGAGCUGAACUACUUUGCCAAGGCCUUGGAAUGCCCAGAGCGACCCUUCCUGGCCAUCCUGGGUGGAGCUAAAUUUGCAGACAAGAUCCAGCUGAUCAGUAAUAUGCUGGACAAAGUCAAGGAGAUGAUUAUUGGUAGUGGAAUGGCUUUUACCUUCCUGAAGGUGCUCAACAACAUGGAGAUUGGGACUCUGUUUGAUGAAGUCGGAGCCAAGAUCAUCAAAGACCUGAUGUCCAAAGCUGAGAAGGGUGUGAAAAUUACCUUGCCAGUUGACUUUGUCACUGCUGAAAAGUUUGAUGAGCAUGCCAACACUGGCCAAGCCACUGUGGCCUCUGGCAUACCUGCUGGCUGGAUGGGCUUGGACCGUGGUCCUGAGAGCAGCAAGAAAUAUGCUGAGGCAGUUGCUUGGGCUAAGCAGAUCGUGUGGAAUGGACCUGUGGGCAUAUGUGAAUGGGAAGCUUUUGCCCAAGGAACCAAAGCCCUCAUGGAUGAGGUGGUGAAAGCCACCGCCAGGGGCUGCAUCACCAUCAUAGGUGGUGGAGACACUGCCACUUGCUGUGCCAAAUGGAACACAGAGGAUAAAGUCAGCCAUGGGAGCACUGGGGGUGGUGCGAGUUUAGAGCUUUUGGAAGGUCAAGUCCUUCCUGGGGUGGAUGCUCUUAGCAGUGUUUAGUACUUUCCUGCCUUUUGGUUCCUGUGCACAGCCCCUAAGUCAACCUAGCACUUGCUGCAUCUCUCCUUGGCAUUAGCUAAAAUCUUCCCUCAUGUCAAGAUUCAGCUAGUGGCCAAGAGAUGCAGUACCAGGAACCCUUAAAGAUGCGCACAGCAUCUCAGCUCCUCUUUACUGCACCCUGGAUUUGCCUACAUUCUUCAGGAUCCCAUUUGAAUUUCUUAGUGACUAAACCAUUGUGCAUUCUAGAGUGCAUAUAUUUAUAUUUUGCCUGGUAGAAGAAAAUGAGCUGUGUUGGCUUCUCUUUUUGAAGUAGCUUAUUCUGAUUACAGCUGUGUCAUUGUUUCACUACUCAGCAUGGAAAUAAGAUGAAAUUCCAAUUGUAGGUAGGUAGGGAGACAAAGUUGGUGAUCUAUUAAAUCAAUAAAAGUA